AUGGCGGUUCCUAAAGCCAUUGUUCUACCUCUCUUGCUCAUCCUCUGUGGUGCUGCUCUUGGAGCUCCUGCUUAUGAAGGUUACCUUCGUAAUGGAAACUUCGAGGAGUCACCAAAGAAAUCCGACAUGAAGAAAACAGUCCUACUCGGCAAAACCGCCUUGCCCGAAUGGGAAACCACCGGUUUAGUCGAGUACAUCGCCGGUGGUCCGCAACCAGGAGGAAUGUAUUUUCCGGUGGCUCAUGGGGUUCACGCAGUGAGGCUAGGAAACGAAGCAACCAUCUCUCAGAAACUAACGGUCAAGCCAGGUUCUCUCUACGCACUCACGUUCGGUGCAUCGAGAACUUGUGCACAAGAAGAGGUGCUUCGUGUCUCUGUGCCUCCUCAGUCCGGUGACUUGCCGCUUCAGACACUGUACAACAGUUUCGGUGGUGACGUGUACGCUUGGGCUUUCGUUGCCACGACUUCUGAAGUUACAGUGACUUUUCAUAACCCAGGAGUUCAAGAAGAUCCGGCUUGUGGUCCUUUGUUGGACGCUGUCGCCAUUAAAGAGCUUGUUCAUCCAAGGUACACCAAAGGGAACUUGGUGAAGAACGGAGGAUUCGAAGAAGGUCCUCACCGUCUAGUGAAUUCGACACAAGGAGUGCUUCUUCCACCUAAACAAGAAGAUCUCACAUCUCCUUUACCCGGUUGGAUCAUAGAAUCACUCAAGGCUGUGAAAUUCAUUGACUCCAAGUACUUCAAUGUCCCCUUUGGACAAGCCGCGAUUGAGCUUGUUGCAGGCAAAGAAAGUGCCAUUGCGCAAGUCAUUAGAACUUCACCAGGUCAAACUUACAGUCUCUCCUUCGUCGUUGGAGAUGCGAAAAAUGACUGCCAUGGAUCUAUGAUGGUUGAAGCUUUUGCAGCUAGAGAUACACUCAAAGUGCCACACACUUCAGUUGGUGGAGGUCAUUUUAAGACCGCGAGUUUCAAGUUCAAGGCGGUCGAGCCAAGAACCAGGAUUACUUUCUUCAGUGGUUUUUACCAUUCCAAGAAAGCUGAUAUUGGAUCUCUCUGUGGUCCUAUCAUCGAUGAGAUUGUGGUUUCUCAUGUCGCUUAG